AUGCCCGGGUUCAAGGACAAAGCGACGACCCUAGAAGCCCCUCCGCCUGCCUUCCCAGCCUUCGCCUUGCCCCCACGACCGGUGAUGUUUGCUUUUGGACCCGGCAGGGCGGGCGGCAUGAUAUCAAGCGGGUCAGCGCUUGCAGCCGCGACGGCUCGCACACUGGAUGCCGUGCAUGGCACAAGCUAUCCUGAAUACAGCGACAGCAGCGACGGGAUGGCGUCCGACGACAACGAGUCCUCUUCGUUUGACGACGACGCAGCCAGCGCCCACCCAAGUGAUGACGACCGGCUCGGACAGGUAGCUACGGAGCUGCCUGCCAAAGCUGGAUACACUAAAGUGGCCACGGCCGCUCCCGUGAGCACACACGCUACCACCAGCGAGGCCGUGUACACUGCAGCAAUUGUUUAUGGUGUUGUUUCUGUCCCACUUAUAUGUGACAACCGGCUCGGCUGGCAGACACCCAUACUUCCCGACCGAGCCGGGGCGGGUAGCAUGCUGCCCGCCGUGCGCGACGUGGAAGGCAGCAAGCCACACUCCGCCGUCUCCCCUCUCGUGCUCCUCCUCGGCGGCAAGCGUCGCCGCUUUCACGAAGGGGACGGCGAGGACCCGCGCGAGCAAGCCGAGCAACUGCUGCUCGAGGACGUCGAGACUGGGCCCAAGAACUCAGCGCUUUGGCCGUCCCGGCCGGCGCACUUUCGGCCUCCGUCCCGGCCGUGUAUGCACACAACGCGCAGCGCUUCAAGUGCACGCUGUGCGCAUAAACGGCAAUCAAGCUUAGUCUCGCUUAAGAGACACCGGGACUCACGGCACCGCCGCAAUGCUUUCCUUGACCGCUUCUCGGCAGAUUGUGGGUGCAGCACACCAUUCGUGACGAGGCUGGCUGCAGCAAACCAUGCUCGCGCGUGUGCCAGCCCCCACUACACUUCGGCUGCGUCUUCACUAGCAGCAGGGGAAUUCAGAACCACUGCUGGUGUAUUCAAUGCAGCCACUCCAGCGGCCAGCGCAGAGCCCGUGCUGUCCCGCCAAGACCCUCCGGUGCUCGCUGCCUCCCCCCACAUGCGAAAACCACUGAUGACAGGUCGAUCACGUCAAGAUGGAGCCCGCUUCUUCCGAGGUGGCUGGUCGCUUCUCGCGUUGAAUCUCGCCUCGGCGACAUCCCUGCCCCUCGCUGGGGACCACCACUGCCUAGCAGCGUGGUGGUAUCAAGGAUUGCCGACCGUCUCCUCCCGCCAGAGCUAA